AGCUCCCUGCCCCCGGGCCCUGCUCUCCGCCUGGCCGCUCCAGAGAGGCGCGGAGCUGGGGAGGGCGCAGCCGGUCAGUGUCUAGGUAGCAGCAGCGCUCGGCCCUCGCCUCCUGCCCUGGGGGUGUCUCGGGCUAGAUACGGGGCAAGUCCUCCCCCUUCCUCCCGGGACCAUGAGACUCUCCGCGGGGGCUGCCAGCCCUGUGCACGCUGCGGCGCUGCUGCUGCUCGCCGCCGUCUGUCUCUCCGCGUCCGGGUCUACAAAUACAUCCAUUCCAACCACAAUCACACAAUCCACUUCAAAUACUUCAGCAAGUGAUAAAAAUGUCACUCACACGACUACAUUGGGUUCUACCAAAACAACCCCCACCCAGACAACCACCACCGCCACCCAGACAACCACCAACCCGACAACUACAUCAACCAACACCUCAAAACCCAUACAAUCAACAGCCAGUGUCACAGUGACCACUUCCAAGACUAUGUCUCCUUCCAGCUCCGUAACAGUCACGCCAAAAUCUGCAACUGUGCUAGCCAGAACUUCCAGAUUUGAUGUGGGCAGUUUUUUUGGUGGCAUUGUGCUGACACUUGGAAUGUUAGCCAUUCUCUACGUUGGAUGUAAAACAUAUCACGCAAGAAGAGGUGUUCAGUACAGAACCAUUGAUGAACAUGAUGCUAUCAUUUAAAGAUACUUCAGAGAAGACAAUGGGGAAAUUCCACCCGAUCACUGCUUUUAGAACAUCUGUUUGAAAAAGUUUUUUUCCUUUCAUAUAGUCCCAGUCUCUAAUGCAUCCAUAGAUCUGAUCCUGCACAGUGUCAAGAUCUUCCCAAGCACCCUGAGCUCCCAUUUAUUUCAAUGGGAGCUGGAGGAAGUUAGUACUUUGAGAAGCAUGCCCUGUUGUUGAUGCAAUUAAAAAAAAAAUCCCUUAAAGUUCGUUACCUAAUGAUGAACUGAAAUGCUUUUUAAAAUAAAUGCAUAGAAACUUUGAGAUACCAAAUCAUUACCAUAAUAUACCACGUGACAUUACAAUUGUGAAUACAUUUGAUUAUUGCCUACAUACGCCAUAAAUGCGGAUGGUUCUACGCUGGGUACAACAGGCUGAAAAAAUACUAGUUGCAGUUAAGGAAAAAUGCAAUAGGCUUGGCAGGUAAAAUACAAGAGGAACUGACUUUGCUACUAUUUUGUAUUAAAAUGUAUUUAUUUGUAACUUGAAACUUGAGAUGAACUUUUGUUAAUGAUUUGGGAACCUCAGACUUUGUUUUUUAACAAAAAUAUUUCAGUUCAGUGCUGAUGCUAGUAAAGGGAUGUGAGAUUGUUCCAAUUAAUCAAAUUACAAUUUAUAAUGUUGUAAACUAUCCAGACCAGGAUGAUAGAAAACGUACUUAACAUAUAGUCUACCGAUGAUCAGUGAGUGAUCUGGGGGCAUAUUCCUUGAUGGGUCUGCCCAGAGACUACUGUUCAUAGUGGGGGGACACAAUUUAAACGUUCUGGUGGUAUGCAGCGAGGUUCAGGGCAGGGCAUAUCAACCCUGGCAGAAAUCUGAGGGGGCACGUGACCCUAUGUGCUUCUUCCACCAUAUUGCCUCUGGGUCUGCAGAAUAAAAUAUAGUGAGAAUCAAGCUGUGGGGAAUUGGGAGGGGGAGGAGAUACAGUCUAUGCGAGUACUUGUCUCUUAUGAAGUGGUCUAUAAGUUGAAAUGAGCUAGAUAAUCAUUGUAAUAUACAGGUUUUAUUUAGAAUUAAAUUAGUGGUUCAUAUCCAGCAAGUCACAAUGGUAUGAUUGAGAUAAAUUGUAUUUUGUUUUUAAAAGGUUUGCCUCUUACUGUGAAUAUGAAGAUUUCCACUGAAAAUUGUUCUAGCUUGAAUGUAAUUUAAAAUCCCUGCUUUGUUUUAUUCGGAAGCUUUAUACAGGGUUUCUAGUAGGAUUUUAGGAAGAGUUGGGAAUAACUCUCCAAAUGCAAGUGGUAAAAUAUAGUAUGUAGGAUAGCAUUUAAAAUAUAUAUCUAUGCCCUACAUUCUUAGCAUUGUUUGCAGGACCUGGUGCUGCUGUACUAACACAUUAUGUUCUAGUCCAGGGGUGGCCAACCUGUGGCUCCGGAGCCACAUGAGGCUCUUCAGAAGUUAAUAUGUGGCUCCUUGCAUAGGCACCGGCUCCUUGCAUAGGCACCGACUCCGGGGCUGGAGCUACAGGUGCCAACUUUCCAAUGUGCUGUGGGGUACUCACUGCUCAACCACUGGCUAUGCCAAAGGCCCUGCCCCCACUCCACUC